AUGAACCACAAGAAACCUAGAAAUUCUUCCCCUGAGAGAGCUACCAAAAGGAGACGCAUAUCUUCCCCUAUCUCGCGCAAGAACCCUUCUGACGAAAUGACCGCGACACCCGAUCAGACGCAUCCUAUAAUCCAGCUCACGCCCAUCGAGAACACCCUGAAAUCCCUCCUCCUAGAUGUCGCAGACUACAUACGAGAACGGUCGAUUGCAGAAGGAGGCAAUGCAGUGGACACCCCACGCACGGUACUGCGUUUUACAGGAGGCUGGGUGCGGGACAAGCUGCUCGGCAUCGAUAGCCAUGACAUCGAUGUGGGCAUCAAUAACAUGACAGGCUACCAGUUCGGUCUCCUGCUUAAGGACUACUUGGAUAUUCCCGAGAAUCUGCAGAAGUACAAGAAAAACCACAACAAUGGCCAGCUCAAGGACGCUAUCGUCAGUCUUCAUAAAAUUGAAGCUAAUCCGGAGAAGUCAAAGCAUCUGGAAACGGUCACUACUAAGAUCUUUGGGCUAGAUAUCGAUUUGGUUAACCUACGGAAGGAAACCUACUCGGAUGAUAGUCGCAAUCCCCAGAUGGAGUUUGGUACGGCCGAGGAGGAUGCAAUGCGCCGGGAUGCAACCAUCAAUGCCCUCUUUUACAAUUUGAACGAGUCCAAAGUAGAGGAUUUUACUAGGAGGGGCUUUCAAGAUAUGAGAGACCAAGUAAUCCGAACACCAAUGGAGCCGUAUCAAACCUUUAAGGAUGACCCAUUACGUGUACUGCGACUCAUUCGGUUUGCCAGCCGAUUAGGAUAUCGCAUCGAUGAAGAUACGGAAAAUGCUAUGAAAAACAAGGAUAUCAGUGAAGCACUUAAACUGAAGAUCAGUAGAGAGCGAGUGGGGACUGAGAUGAUGAAGAUGCUCAAAGGUCCUGAUCCCCGAGGUGCUCUACAAUUUAUUGACCGCCUUGAAUUAUAUCCAACAAUUUUUGCAAACCACCAAGAUGAUGUCGGCGUGGAUACAUCUUCUUGGGCUCCUGCAUACAAUGCGCUGCAGAAGUUAUUACACCCCAACAACAACUCGAUACCUAUUGCACGUGUACGCGACCUGCUUAUUCGCGACGCUCAAGAAGCUUAUUAUGCUUGGGUGAUUGCCGCAUUCGCACCCUGGUCUACGGUGCCAGAUCGCGUGGCGCAAGGGCCAAAACCAAGGCCACCUCCUGCCCGCGCGGCGGAAGUCGCUAGGGAUAGCCUUCGUUCUGAUAACAAAACGAUCAACUUGCUCCGUGAUGCGGCUCGUCAUUGGCGCUCUAUCGUGGACGUGAAAUCCUCACUUCUGCAAGGGCGUAUGAGUGGCACCGCGGCCGAAAUUCGACAGCAAAUUGGAUUGCACAUCCGUACAUGGAGCAAGGACUGGAGACUUUGCUGUACCUUGGCCAUCUUGCAAGAAGUUGCGCAAGGAGGCGAGUUCAACAAAGUGAUCCAAGAGUACAAUCAGUUUCUCUCAUACCUCGUAGAACACGACCUGGAAAACGUCUACGACAUGAAACCCAUCGUGAACGGGGUUGAAAUUGCCCAGAACCUUGCAUCUCCGAAAGGACCGUGGAUGAGCAAGGCUUUGGACAUGGUGAUUAAGUGGCAGCUCCUACACCCAGAGAUCACAGAUAAGGCCAAGGCGUUGGAAGAAGUGUCAAGUCGAAAGGAAGAGCUUGACAUACGCUCGAAGUGA